AUGAACGCGAAUGGUCUCAACCAUUCUUCUCUCGCGCUCUUUCAGCCCCUUCUCUCUGCUUUUCACCUGGUGGCUUUCCAAGAAACCAAAUUCUCUGAUUACGACCACGUCCGGCGAGCCAACUACUUCGCCCAUUCCGUCGACUCCAAGGCAACGACCUUCUGGUCCCACACAGCAGACUCCGACUACACCGCCGCACGUGGGAAGGCCGGAGUCGGUAUCGUUUUCUCCGGUCGCUGUCCCUUUCACUCUCUCUCCGACGUUACUCUCCAUUAUGCUGAUGGAGCACUUCGCCACCACUACUUAGUCGUCGAGGCGAUCAUUGACAACUUCCGCCUCUUCAUUCAUGUGGUCUACGCUCCCGUGACGGUUCCGGAGCGUAAACAUUUUCUCGCCACUCUUCCGAGUCAUUUCCCGCCAGAUGCCCACCACCUGGUCCUCGGGGACUUCAAUAUACCCAUGGACCCGGUCUUGGACGAGGUCACGGCCUACCCGCAUGACCUCGGUCGGGCAGAGUUCCGUGACUGGCUCCUGCGUCUUGGCGUGCUGGAUGCUUGGCGUUCGUCCCAUCCCACCCGCCGCGAAUUCACGGGACCCGGUCGCCACAAUCGCAUCGACUACUGUCUUGUCUCGCCGUCUCUCUUCGACAACUACCUUCGUGACGUUCGCCAUGUCACGGACAUCCGCUACGGCCAUGAAGACCAUCUUCCCGUCCGGUUCCUGCUCCACUCUCCUACCCAGCCAUCUCAAUCCCGCCUACCCUGGAAAUGUCCACGGUGGUUACUCCAAGAUCCCGCCGUCCAAGCCGUUCUCGAGGCAACUCUCGAUGAUUUGUGCAAUCGCAUUCGGCUCGGCCCCGGGGCCAACCCUGGGGCCCUCCUCGACGAACAUAAGCGUGCUGACGCUAUAUUUCUUCGCGAGAUGUUUACUGCACGCCGCAAUCAAGACCACACCCGGCUCGCUGAGCUGCAACAACAUGUCUACGCAACUGAAACGGCGCACGCGGCAGCGCCCACGGUUGCGUCUGAGUCCCUACUCCUGAACGCUAAAUCUGAGUGCACAGCCUUCAUGGAGUUGCUCGCGUCGAAACGCGAGCGCGCAAAAUUUGAUCGAGACAUCAGCGAUCGUGAAACUGGAUCCAAGUUCUUCCUCCGCCCACCGUCUGCAGAAUCAUACCGCGUCGCCAUUCCUGGGGUUGUCCGUGCCGAUGGCUCCGUUACGACCGACCCUCACGACAUGGCGUCUCUUCACCGACACUACUGGGGGGGACUAUUUCAGACCCCCUCUCGCGACCUCGCCCCCGAGGUUCCCUGUCGACGGUAUAGCCCUGGCGACCUCGAGGAUCUCCUCCGACAUACAACUGCACGGGUAUCUUCUGAAGACCAACGAUUUUUAGAUGCCCCCAUGACUGCUCACGACUUCUACUGGGCGAUCACGAAAUCACCCAAAGGAAAGUCCAGCGGCUUUGACGGUCUUCCAGCCGAAUACUAUCAGCUCUUUCCUGAAACAUGGGCUCGGUUAUAUGAGCUUAUCUACUCAGCUCAGUUCAGCCGGGGCCGAAUGACCAAGUUCCAACGACGGGCGUACAUAUCGCUGCUGUACAAGAAGGGUGAUCGGUACGACCCCAAGAACUAUCGGCCCAUCACGUUACUGAACCACGACGCCAAAUUUGGUCCUAAGAUCCUCGCUCAUCGGACCGGCCUGAUCCUCCCCAAGCUGAUUCACGUGGAUCAAACGGGUUUCGUCCCAGGCCGUUCCAUCCGUCAUGCUCUCUUACGCUUUCAGGAUCUACAAGCCGUCUGUCGAAGUACUGGCUUGCCUGAUGCGGGUGCUGUUCUGCUUGACUUCGCCAAAGCCUUCGACAGUGUGCUGUGGCCUGCUCUUGAUCAGGUCCUCCGUCACUACGGAUUCGGCCCUAACUUCCGGUGGUCCAUUCGGACUUUCUUCCAUGGAACACUGGUUAGCGUCCUCGUUAACGGUGUGAAGAGUGACUAUUUCGAGUUGGGUUGUGGCGUCCGCCAAGGUGAUCCACUCUCCCCGGCGCUUUUCGUUCUCUUCCUCGAGCCGAUGCUCAACUAUCUUCGCGCCACGACCGGCCAUUUGGGAGUCCCAGUUCAAGAUGGCGCUUCUCCGCAUCACCUGCUGGCCUUCGCCGAUGACUGCACCGGGUUUCUUAAGGACCUCCGGUCGACCGGGCAAUUCAUCUCUGCCGUUACGCGCUACACCACUGCCGCGGGCCUCCAGCUGAACGUCGAUAAGACUGUCGUCUUUCCCUUUCAGGCACUGGAUCCUUCCAUCGGCGGCUCACUUCGAACUGCUGGGUACACCGUCACCGCGGAUGACAGGACAACUGUUCUUCUGGGUGUUUCCCAAAGUCCGACGUUGCCGCUCUCUCAUCGGCUCGACCCUCUGCUUCCGCGGUUGGUGGCCCGUUGCACGCUCUGGCGUUACCGUGCCCGUACUCUUCGCGGCCGAGCUGUCAUCCUGCGAACGAUUGUUCUGCCUAUCCUCUGGUACACGGCGGCGGUGACUCCUCUCAGUGCGCGGUUUGUUCUUCAAGUCCAGCGUCUCAUCAAGGCGUUUCUUUUUCAACUUCCUCUCGACCCCUCCGCUCCAUCUCGCGCUCCCAUGCCGUCCGAAUGGAUCACGUGGCCUACGUCCAAGGGUGGCCUAGGUCUCCCGUCCAUUUCUGAGUUCGCGUCCUCACUGCACUUGUGCUCCCUUCGCGACGCCAUCCGGUACGCGUCCCGCCACAUGGCGAUUCCAUCGUGGUUUGCGGCUGCCGCGUCGCUGCUGACUGCUACUCUUCGCGGUAAUGGCGUCACGUUCGACAUCCUGUACGCGAAGGUGCCUUCACCGGCUACCCCGCCUCGACCUUGGGCAUCGCUCGGUCCAUUCUGGUACCGCACCCUCCAGGCCUGGCAGGUCCUCCGCGAUUCACCACACAACACGACGGUCUCUACAUCUUCCCUGCUCGAGGCUCCACUGUGGGACAACCACCUAUUUCGGGUUGGAGGGCUCCAGCGGACUCUCGCGCAGUCUUCCCAGCUCUGUUGCCUUUUUCGCGAUUUAGGCUACAUCCGCCUUCGCGACUUUGUCGACCGUCACGGUGCUCUGCCCUCGGUAGAUGUCUGCCGUCCUCUCCUGGCUUCGGUGGAGUUCUCGUCUCCUCGCCUUCGCUCUUUGGCUGUCUCGCACUUCGUCUCGACGCUUGGAUCGUGGGUUAAUCUCUCCGCUCCCGUCGCGCUUGGUCCAUCACCCCCGACUACUUUGACCUCGUCUCUCCACGGCUGGCGCAUUCGCGGGACCAUGGUGGUGGCGAUGGACAACCGUGACUUCUACAGGGCACUUCACUCGCCCCCGCCAAUACCGACGAUGCCUCAUACGGCUCUAGGCAUGUCCUCAGAGCCCAAUUGGCUCGGUCUUUGGCGUCGCGACCGGUCGCUGGACCUCGAUGUCCUUCCGGUCCUCAGCGAUUUGAAGUUUCGCCUACAACACAACGCGCUCAAGCUUCGGUCCAAGUACCAAUGGCGACCCGUCGACGUAGGGUGCGUUCAUGGCUGUCCGGAUGUUGAAACUUCCCGACACCUAUUCUGGGACUGUCCAUACGCCCAACGUCUGUGGUCCCUCUUCCUGCCUGGCUUCCGGUCGGCUACCGAGCGUCCUCUCGCCUGGGAGGCCGCCGUAUACCUUUUGGACACUGGCCUGACCCCUGAGUCCUCCAGGACGAUCGGUCAGCACAACUUUCUCCGCGUCUUCAACGUCGUUCGUUGCUGUGUUUUUCGCAGCCUCUGGCUACACCGGAACGAACGGGUCUUUCAACCGACCACGCCCUCCAGCCAAGCGUGGUUGGACGCGCACGCCUGCUGUUACGCUCGGCUACAUCUUCGGCGGCUCACCACGACCUCCACCGUUGACCGCCUUUGCCGGUUCAGCGACCACGUGGUCUCGCUGCUCCCGCCGGCGUCGCGCGGCCUUUCUCCUAUGGACCCUAUUGGUGCUUUUGGUCAUCCGCGCUCACCGUCUCUCACUUGA